AUGGCUGGCUCCUUAAAUCGUGUGUGCAUUCGCUAUCCGGACACUCAGCGGGCGGUACAUACGCUUGAAGUGCGCUUGGGCUACGCACCCUCUCAUCUAGGUUCCGUCCGCGACUUGAUCGCACAUGCCAUACAUGUCUUCUCGCUCACCAUCCUCAUCUCAACGCGCGCGCCACCGAGCCUGCUUCCCUCGCGCGGAUUCAAGAAUCUCACUACAUUCACGACAAAUCUUCCGCACUCCUACCUAGCUGACUUCAUCACGCGUUCCCCGCAAUUGCGUUGCCUCUCGCUUCUGUCGGACUGUCGCGGGUUCAGCGAGUGUCCUUUACAGAACGCUGUAGCUCUCAGUCUGGACGAGAUCCACUGCGGUUCUAUUGCGUGCAUCGGCUCAUUCCACCACAGUACGGCUGUUGGGACCAUUCGACUGCUGACACCGGAGGUCGACGGCGAAACUUGUGACAUCCCAUACGCUGCGCUACCCAUGUCAUCGUCAAUCGUCAAUCUCCGCUUGCCAUUCUCGGGUACCGAGAUACCCUCUCUCAUCCCCAAACUCUUGCGUUCCGCGCCUGCUGUAGAGACUCUCGCUUUGGAAGAGUAUCGCGGUGCCUUCCACUUGGAUCACAUGCCCUUCUCCUACCAUCACCACGUCUUCGCUAGUGACUUAUCGCGCCUCCGCAAACUGCGUGCGCUUCAUUUGAAGUUGCUUUCGCGCGUCGGUCUCCCUGCGGACGACGAGACAUCGAUCACGAAGCGAUGGGUCAACAGCUGUCAAGAAAGCCAGUCGUUACGUUUUCUCCUAGUCUGGAGCGAUACACUCGGUCAAGCGCAAGGGCGGGUACGAAUAUGGUUCAGGACCGGGCGAGGAGCGUGGACAUUAGCUAUUGACCGGGCCGGGCGUUCCAACGAGCCCUGGGAGACAUCUCUGGCAUACUCCUCCGACAUCUUGCGUCUAGACUCGAAGUAG